GAUGACACCUACACACGUGCCCAGCCCUAGCGCUGUCCUCUCCUGUUUUAGGCCCCUGAGUGACCUGCAGCACAGGCUGCCAUCGUGCGUCUCUGCUGCCUCUUCUGAGAAGCAGGUGCCACUAAGAUGUCAAACCCGUUCCUCAAGCAAGUGUUCAACAAGGACAAGACGUUCAGGCCCAAGCGCAAGUUUGAGCCCGGCACGCAGCGCUUUGAGCUCCACAAGCGUGCGCAGGCGUCACUGAACGCAGGGCUGGACCUGCGGCUGGCUGUGCAGCUGCCCCCAGGUGAGGACCUCAACGACUGGGUGGCCGUGCAUGUGGUGGACUUCUUCAACCGCAUCAACCUCAUCUACGGCACCAUCAGCGACGGCUGCACGGAGCAGUCAUGCCCGGUCAUGUCCGGGGGCCCCAAGUACGAGUACCGCUGGCAGGACGAGCAGCGCUUCCGGAAGCCCACGGCGCUGUCCGCGCCCCGCUACAUGGACCUGCUCAUGGACUGGAUCGAGGUGCAGAUCAACAAUGAAGACAUCUUCCCCACCAGUGUCGGCACACCAUUCCCCAAGAACUUCCUGCAGGCAGUGCGCAAGAUCCUGUCGCGGCUGUUCCGCGUGUUCGUGCACGUGUACAUCCACCACUUCGACCGCAUCGCACACAUGGGCUCUGAGGCGCAUGUGAACACCUGCUACAAGCACUUCUACUACUUUGUCACCGAGUUCAGCCUCAUUGACCCCAAGGAGCUGGAGCCCCUGAAGGAGAUGACGUCACGAAUGUGUCACUGAAGGCCCCUCCCAGCCACCGAGACUCAUGGCCACCGUCAGGAAGUCCAUGCCUGCUCCCUGCAGCCUGUGUCUCAGGAGCAUCACCCCCUCAUGCCACCCGAAAAGCAGCAGCAGGCCCGUGGUUUCCUCCCUGUCAUGGUGACUGUGAGCCUCUCUAACUCUAGCGCGUCCCCUUGCCUGUCUCCAGGGGGCUGGACUUGGAUUCUGGACACUGCUUUCAGCCGCUGGUUUACACUGUGUUUGCACCACAGCCUCUGGCAGGAGGCACAAUCCGGAGCCAUUGCCACCAUCCCCGCAUCCCUUCUCCAUGUCUGUUCGCCUUUGCAGCCAUGACAUUGGUACAUGUGGCCACAGCACUAUCCUUCACUUCCCAUCCUGGAAGGGAGGUGGCACCGUAUGUCCUCCAUUUAGAGCCACAUUGUGUGGGGGUGAUCACAUGGGCAGACGUCAUACCUCCAAAGGCGUACUGAUGAGCCACGGCCUCUCCUGCCCAGCCUGCUGGGAGCACCUCUGAGCGGUGCCCCUCUCCAGCACCCCAGGCCGCCCUGACCUGCACACU